AGAUCUCUCUCUCUCUCUCCAGCACACACCCAGCUAACUCCUCCUCCUCCUGCCCGACUCCAUCUCUCCGCCGCCCGGGAAGCCAUGGCGUUCGACGCCUUCACCGACAAGACCGCCGUCUUCCGCCGCCUCAAGGCCAAGCCAGAGAACAAGAUGUGCUUCGACUGCAACGCCAAGAACCCCACCUGGGCCUCCGUCACCUACGGCAUCUUCCUCUGCCUCGACUGCUCCGCCUUCCACCGCAGCCUCGGCGUCCACAUCACAUUCGUCAGGUCAACGAACCUGGACUCAUGGACUCCCGAUCAGCUAAAGAUGAUGGCUUUCGGAGGCAACAACCGUGCGCACGUUUUCUUCAAGCAGCAUGGGUGGUCAGAGGGCGGCAAGGCCGAUUCAAAGUACACAUCGAGAGCUGCUGAACUGUACAGGGAGAUACUGCAAAAGGAAGUGAAGAAGAGUUCGGCUGUCAACGUCUUGCCAUCAUCACCUGUUGCGUCGUCUCAGCCAUCAAACCCAUCUGACGACUUCCCUGAUUUCAAGCUUGCUGAUGCACCAGAAGAGAAUACCAAUGGGAAGCAUGAGCCUGUGGUCGCUAACCCACCAAAAGAGCCAAAAGCCCCUGCUCAUCCCACUUAUGUCAGUUCUAUGAAGAAGCCCCUAGGUGCAAAGAAGCUUGGUGCCAAGACUGGAGGACUUGGUGUAAAAAAGCUAACUACAAAGACAAAUGAAAGCUUGUAUGACCAGAAACCUGAAGAGCCAAAACCUGCUUUGCCAACAAUGACUGCUGCUGCUACAGCUGCUGCAAAAAGUGGCCCAUCCCAUUCACGUUUUGAGUAUGUGGAGAAUGAGAAAUCAACUGAUUCAAAAACUGGAGGAUCUAACAUGAGUGGUCAUGUAGCAGCACCGAAAACCUCAAAUUUCUUUCAAGAGUAUGGAAUGGAUAAUGGGUUCCAAAGAAAAACAAACUCGGCGGCCUCAAAGGCUCAGAUAGAGGAGUCAGACGAAGCAAGGAAGAAAUUCACUAAUGCAAAAGCAAUUUCAUCAUCGCAAUUUUUCGGUAAUACCGAUAGAGAACAGAAAGAGGCCCAACAAUCUCUUCAAAAGUUCUCGGGUUCUUCAUCCAUUUCAAGUGCUGAUCUUUUUGGCCGCGAUGCUAAUGAUUCUGAUCUAGACGUAAGUGCUGCGGACCUCAUCAACAGAAUAUCUUUCCAGGCAUCUCAAGAUUUAUCAUCCCUCAAGAACAUUGCUGGAGAGACUGGAAAGAAGCUCACAUCACUAGCCUCCAAUUUCAUCACAGAUCUCGAUAGAAUCCUUUGAGAUGGUGAUGAGUAGACACCCUUCCUACCUGGACAAAAUCACUGCUUUUCCAGCUGUCUCAAAGCAUUGUUUUCAUAGCUCUGUAGAGGGCAAUAGAUUUGAAUGGUCGCCAUUGUUCAAACCUUGUCCGCAUGAAAAUAUUGUUAAUUCUUUUUCAUGGCCAUAGUGAAAAACGCACGAUUUUGUAUCUAUUACAGUUUGAUGUAUCUUCGAAGAGAUAUUCUUAUUUGAUGUGACUAUGAACUCAAA